UGCCCUCCUGACUUACAAAUCUGCCAACAAGACGACAGCAGCCAGCAGCCAGCAGCCAGCACCAGCACCCGUGAAUCUAACCCCCAUCAAGGUUCAACAUGUCGCUGCCAACCGUCGAGAAGGCGCCCAGCGCCCGCGGCCUACAUCCCGCCUUCUACAUUGGGAGCUGGAUCUUUUUUUCCAACACUACAAUCCUCUUCAACAAGUACCUGAUCGGCAAGGCUGGCUUCAAAUACCCCGUCGUCCUAACAUGUUGGCACAUGAUCUUCUCCGUCGUGGCGACGCAGCUGCUGGCGCGCACCACGACGCUAAUCGAUGGCCGCAAGAAGGUCAAGAUGAACGGCCGUAUCUACCUGCGUAGCAUCGUGCCCAUCGGCCUCCUCUACUCGGGCUCGCUCGUCUUCUCAAACAUGACGUACAUGUACCUCUCCGUAUCCUUCAUCCAGAUGCUCAAGGCCGCCGCCCCCGUCGUAGUCCUGCUGCUGUCGUGGGCCUGGCGCCUCAAAGAGCCCUCAGCCAGGGUCUUUGCCAACGUCUGUGUUAUCGUGCUCGGCGUCGGCAUCGCCAGCUUCGGCGAGAUCCAGUUCAGCUGGACUGGCGUCUUUUACCAGAUGGGCGGCAUCGUCUUUGAGGCCCUGCGCCUGACCAUGAUCGAGGUCAUGCUCGCCGGCGACGCCGACCAGCAGAAGAUGGACCCGCUCGUCUCGCUCUACUACUACGCCCCCGUCUGCGCUGUCAUGAACUUCUUUGUCGCGCUUUGCGUGGAGGGUUCUACCUUUAGCUUCGACGCCGUCUUCACCACCGGCGUCGUUGUGCUUAUGCUGAACGCUCUUGUGGCCUUCCUUCUGAACGUCGCGAGUGUCAUGCUGAUCGGCCAGACAUCCUCUCUGGUUCUCACCCUCACCGGUAUCCUCAAGAACAUCCUCCUCAUUGUUGUCGCCGUGCUGCUCUGGUCGGAGCAUGUCAGCUUCCUGCAGUUCCUGGGCUACUCUGUCGCCCUCGGCGGCCUGACCUACUACAGCCUGGGCUGGGACGUGAUCGAGCAGCGGCUCCUCGGCUCGUUCAAGUGGACCUACUCCCUGUUCACGUCUCCCCAGUUCGACGAGUCCCGCCUCUCGCCCGUUGCUCGCCGCGGUCUCAUGGCCACCCUUUCGCUCCUCAUCGUCAGCAUGCUGGUCAUUGGCUUCGUCUAUGACGGCAAGGCGAGCGCCGACAAGACGCUCAUGGGCCUGUGGUAGCGAGCCAGGCGCAAUCCUUGACCGUGGCCCAUCUUUUGACUAUUGAGCCGAUAUCCUUUUAUAUCCUUGGGUUCUUCUUUGAUUGUAAAUUUAAUACCCUGUACCUCGACUCUGACGCAUACAUGUACCAUGGGAUUGGUGACGAAUGAUUUUCAUUUGGGCUUGAUGUUUUCGUUUUAGCUCCAUUUGGCCCGGUGAGGGGAAUGGGACGAGGACACAUGCGACUUUUCUCAGAGUUGAGAGUUCUCCCUAUUUCACUUGAUUAUAGACGAUAGACCUCAAAAUUAUCAUAAGUGGCGAAUUAGGCGUUUAAAGAGAGCAAUAGACAUCGUUGAAACACGGAGUUUGGACACAUA